GAGUCUGUGUCAUGAGCAGUCACUGGUGUCUAUUGGAGAGUGGUAAUGGUCUCCUCCUCCUCCCCCUCCUCCUCCUCUUCAUGCUGUCGGCUGUGAGAGUCUGACAGCUCCGCGAGCCUCAAACCGAUCACCGCACCGUGCUCGCCGCUUUUCCGCUCAGAUGCGCUGUUUUCCCCGCGUCUCCCCAUGUCUUCCGCGGCUCUGUCUGAAUCCUCUCAGCGCUGAUGUGACUGCAGUUCAUCCGUUCAUUUGACACGUUUCUUCAGUCGAUGAGAUGCGUUCACGGUGGACUUACGUCGCCUGGAUUUGUGUCUUCAGUCUCGGCGCCUUCAGGACUUUCUGCAUUCCCGCUAAUGAAGUUAAUCUACUGGACUCUCGCUCAGUAAUGGGUGAUUUGGGCUGGGUUGCCUACCCGAAGAACGGGUGGGAAGAAAUCGGAGAGGUGGAUGAGAACUAUGCACCAAUUCACACAUACCAAGUGUGCAAAGUGAUGGAGCACAACCAGAACAACUGGUUGCAGACCAACUGGAUAUUAACCCAAGGUGCCCAGCGAGUGUUCCUGGAGCUCAAGUUCACCCUACGGGACUGCAACAGUCUCCCCGGAGGUCUGGGGACGUGCAAGGAGACUUUCAACGUGUACUAUUACGAAACCAAUGAUGAGGAGAGAAGGAAUAUUCGGGAAAGCCAGUACUCAAAGAUUGACACCAUUGCCGCCGACGAGAGCUUUACGGAGCUUGAUCUCGGAGACAGAGUCAUGAAGCUAAACACGGAAGUUAGGGAUCUGGGUCCACUGACCAAAAAAGGCUUCUACUUGGCUUUCCAAGACCUGGGCGCGUGUAUCGCCCUCGUGUCCGUCCGUGUCUUCUACAAAAAGUGUCCUUUUGUUGUCAGGAAUUUGGCCCUUUUCCCGGAUACUAUAACUGGGGCUGAUUCCUCGCAGCUUCUGGAGGUGUCAGGGACCUGCGUCAACAACUCGGUGGCCGAUGAACUUCCCAGGAUGCAUUGCAGUGCUGAGGGGGAGUGGCUGGUGCCCAUUGGGAGGUGCAUGUGCCAGGCGGGCCAUGAGGAAGUUAAUGGCUCCUGUCAAGUGUGUAAACCCGGGUUUUACCGGUCAGUUCUGGAGAGCAGGAGCUGCAGUAAAUGUCCUCCCAGAAGCUUCAGCAAGGUUGAGGCAUCCAUCUCCUGUCAGUGUGAGCAAGGCUACUUCAGGACCCAGGCGGACCCUGCUAACAUGGCCUGCACACGGCCUCCUUCUGCUCCACGUAAUGCUAUCUCCAACGUAAAUGAAACCAGUGUGUUUUUGGAGUGGACUGCGCCUGAAGACACCGGUGGCCGGAAAGACGUGAGAUACAACAUCCUCUGCAGUAAAAUCAGCACCGACUCGGGUCACUACGAGCCAUGUGGAAGCCAUGUGCGGUUUCUGCCUCAGCGUACGGGCUUGAGAAACACCUCGGUUAUGGUCGUGGAUCUCCUAGCUCACACCAACUACACGUUUGAAGUGGAGGCUAUGAACGGUGUGUCAGAUCUAACUGGCCCUCCGCGUCAGUAUGUCUCGCUCAAUGUCACCACCAACCAAGCAGCUCCGUCUCCUAUAACCGUGGUGAAGAAAGGCAAGACGACGAAGAAUAGCAUCACGGUGUCCUGGCAAGAGCCCGAUCGACCGAACGGCAUCAUCCUCGAGUAUGAGAUCAAAUACUUUGAGAAGGAUCAGGAAACAAGCUACACAAUCAUCAAGUCAAAGGAGACGGAGGUUUUAGUGGAUGGCCUUAAACCUUCCUCUGCAUACAUCUUUCAAAUCAGAGCACGCACCUCCGCCGGGUACGGAGGCUUUAGUCGCCGAUUUGAGUUUGAAACCAGUCCUUACUUAGCAGCCUCAAGUGAGCAGGGUCAGGUGCCCAUCAUUGCUGUCGCCGUGACUGUGGGCAUCAUCCUCAUUGCCUUGGUCACGGGUUUCCUCAUGAGUGGCAGACGUUGUGGAUACAGCAAAGCCAAGCAAGAUCCAGAUGAGGAGAAGAUGCACUUCCACAAUGGGCACAUUAAAUUCCCUUCAGUCCGCACGUAUAUCGAUCCCCACACCUAUGAAGAUCCCAACCAGGCUGUACACGAGUUUGCCAAGGAGAUUGAUGUCUGUUGUAUCACCAUUGAGCGGGUUAUUGGAGCUGGUGAAUUCGGGGAGGUGUGCAGUGGUCUUCUGCGGCUGCCAGGGAAGAGAGAGAUCCCAGUGGCCAUUAAAACUCUGAAAGCCGGAUACACGGAGAAGCAGAGGAGGGACUUCUUGGGUGAAGCCAGCAUUAUGGGACAGUUUGAGCAUCCCAACAUCAUCCAUCUGAAGGGGGUCAUCACCAAAAGUAAACCGGUGAUGAUAAUAACAGAAUAUAUGGAGAAUGGAUCUCUGGACACCUUUCUGAAGAAGAAUGACGGUCAGUUCACUGUGAUCCAGUUGGUUGGCAUGCUGCGUGGCAUAGCAUCAGGCAUGCGCUACCUCUCCGAGAUGGGAUAUGUGCACCGUGACCUCGCUGCCCGCAACAUCCUGGUCAACAGCAACCUGGUGUGUAAGGUGUCUGACUUCGGCCUGUCCAGAGUGCUGGAGGAUGACCCAGAGGCAGCUUACACCACUCGCGGAGGGAAGAUUCCCAUCAGAUGGACGGCUCCAGAGGCCAUCGCCUACAGGAAGUUCACCUCCGCCAGUGACGUGUGGAGCUACGGCAUCGUCAUGUGGGAAGUGAUGUCGUAUGGAGAAAGGCCCUACUGGGAGAUGAGCAAUCAAGAUGUGAUAAAGGCAGUGGAGGAGAACUACAGACUGCCGGGGCCCAUGGACUGUCCGACCGCCCUCUAUCACCUCAUGAUGGACUGCUGGCAGAAAGACAGGAACAGCCGGCCCAAAUUUGAGGAGAUUGUCAGCUUAUUGGACAAGCUCAUCCGCAAUCCAAGCAGCCUGAAGGGUCUCGUUAACCCAUCUAACAGAGUGUCUAAUCUGUUAGUGGAGCAAGGCAGUCCAGAGGGCUGUGUGUUCAGAUCAGUGGAGGAGUGGCUGGAGGCCAUCAAAAUGGGUCGAUACACUGAGCUUUUCAUGGAAAGUGGAUACACUUCUCUACAAGUAGUCACUCAAAUGACCUUGGAAGAUCUUCGGCGGGUCGGAGUCACUUUGGCAGGCCAUCAGAAGAAGAUCCUCAACAGCAUUCAGGAGAUGCGGGUCCAGAUGAUGAACGCCACUAUGCCCAUCUGAGGCUCACACCAGCCUCCAGCAGUAGCCUAGCACUUUCUACAAACACUUAUUUAUUGAACGGAACUAUUUAACGAAGAAACCUGACAACGGACAAAUCGGCGACGGUCUUCGUUUUUUUUUUUUUUUUUUUUCUAGAACUCUCACUGAGGAGCUGGACCGAAACGUUGAGUGCUGUUUAUUUUGGAAAAGUGUGGCACAUCUCCAGGUAGGACCACUGACUCGGGAUCAGGCGUCUCUGGGCUGAAUGUAUAGCAUUUUUCCACGACCUCAUUCAACAAUGUUAAUACCUCCGGAAUGAGAGACUGCGUUGGACUUUUAUUUUUUUUUGCUAAGGUGAAUUUUCAGCAUUAAAAGACUAAAGUCAUAUCAAUUGAAAAUAUGGCAGUAUUAAACAAAGCAAUAGUAGAUUUCCAGCUCAAUGAUCGUUGAUGUUGCUUCGUUCUCAAUUUUUACUUCCUUGUUUUUAAAAGGCCAGUUAAACACUGUGCGAUUUUUGUCCUAUUUAGAAUUGAAUUUGUCAAUUUUUUCAGUUAGUUGAAAGAAAUUCUGAUAUGUCUGAAAUGUUGUUCCCUUUUCAAACAAAGCUACAAACUGACUAGCAUUAAUUCAGUGUUUCUGAUCUCACUCCAUCUGAAAAAAGAUAACAAUAUUCAUAGACUACACUACUAUACUAUACUUUAACACUGAGUUCAGAGCUCCUUCGAAAUGAGUAGAAUUAACUUCCAGUAAAUUUGAACUAACUACACUCAUUUGAUUUGAUAA